AAUAGAAUAGAGAGAGAGAGAUGGAAGAUGAUGGAAUUGUCCGGCAAUCAGCCAACUAUACUCCGUCUGUGUGGGGCGAUUACUUCAUAAAACACAGCGCCCCAUUUUCUUCCUCCAUUGAGAAAACGGAGGAAUGGAUAAGCGAGAGGGUGGAACAACUUGUGGGACUAGUGAAGAAUUUGCUUGAAAGCACUGAUUAUUCCAAGGACGAGUUUGACAUCCUUCAACUAAUAGAUGCUCUUCAACGCCUCGGCAUUAGCUAUCACUUUGAAGAGCAAAUUGACAAAAAGCUUAGAGAUAUUUAUGAUCAUAAUUAUGGAGAAUCCCAUGAAAUUAAUUUGCAAGCUGCUGCUCUCAAGUUUAGAUUGUUAAGACAACAUGGCUAUCGCGUUACUUCAGAUGUGUUUAGAAAAUAUAAAGAUGAAGAAGGUGAGUUUAGGAGCGAUUUGGCUGAUGACGUCCGUGGCCUGCUUAGCUUAUAUGAAGCUUGUUUCAUGGCUACACAUGAGGAUGAUAUAUUAAAUGAAGCGCUAAGCUUUACGGAGCACCAUCUUCAGAGGCUAUCAUUAGAGAAGGAGGACCUGCAGCAUGAGUCUCCAGCCUUGAAGAAAUUAAUAUCACAAGCAUUAGAGUUACCAUUGCAUAGAAGAAUCCCAAGAUUGGGAGCCAGAUAUUAUAUUGAUGCUUAUGAACAUGAUAAGGAGCAGCGGAACGAUACCAUUUUGGAGCUUGCGAAGUUGGAUUUUCAUCUUCUUCAAUUGCUUCAUUACGAAGAAGCUAGGAGCCUCUCUAUAUGGUGGAAGGGUAUUGGUUGCAGCGAAAUAUUCAAGUUCUCAAGAGAUAGAAUAGUGGAAUGCUACUUUUGGAUUCUCUCGGUGUACUUUGAACCCCAGUACUCAAAGGCAAGAAAGAUAACGACAAAGGUGAUUGCUCUACUAUCAAUCACUGAUGAUAUAUAUGAUGCUUAUGGAACUUCAGAUGAGUUGCAGUCCUUUACUAAUGUAAUCCAAAGAUGGGAUAUGGAAGCAGCUGAACAACUAAAAGAAUAUUUGAAAAUCCAAUUUCAUAAUCUAAACAGAGCUUUUCAGGAGUUUGAGGAUGAGUUAAGCAGCAAUGGGAAGUCUUAUCGCGUGCAUUACCUCAAGGAAAUAUUAAAAGUGGUAGUGAGAGCAUGGAAUAUGGAAGUAAAAUGGAGGAAUGAAGGCUACAUUCCAGCAUUAAAAGAACACUUGCAAGUGACAACAGUGACAACCUGCUACAAUUUACUAACAUGUGCAUCACUUAUAGGAAUGGGUGAUGAGGUGACAAUAGAAGCUUUUGAUUGGAUAUCAUCCUUCCCAGAGUUUACCUAUCAAGCAUCACUUAUAUGUCGCCUCAGAGAUGAUGUUGUAUCCCAAGAGUUUGAACAAAAGAGAAACCAUGUGGCUUCUGCAGUACAAUGCUACAUGAACGAGCAUAAUAGUACAUUAGAUGAUUCUUGUAAGAUGCUCUUAAAAUUAGUCGAAAGUUCCUGGAAAAGCUUAAACCAUGAGUACCUCAGUCUAAGCAAGACUUUCACAAAGGCUGUUCUAAUGAGAGUUAUCAACUUGGCACGUGUUAUGGAGACUGCAUAUGAUGUUCACGAUAAGUAUACACAUUCAGCCCUGAUAAAAGAUCAGAUCUCACUACUUUUGAUUGAACCACUUUCCUUCUGAAGAUUGGGAUCAUUAGCCAAUUAGUAAUGUUUUAUUAAUACUUGAAUGUUUUUAUUGCUGGACUUGAGAUAAAUAUCUUA